AUGGCGUGGCUGGUCAUGAAUCUGUUUGGCAAUGGUAUCCUAUGCAGUACAUUAUCUGUUAGACCUAGCAAUGCCGAGGGAUAUGAGUUUGCUGGUGAGGAUCAUUUCAGUCCUACCUGUCUGGAGAAUAGUCAAGGGAUUCUAUUAGCUGACAGUGGUAGAUUGGUCUUCAACUCUUCUGGUCUAGCGGGCAAGAAGGAAUUCUACAAUGCUCUUCUUGACACCCCCGGUGUAGACCCCAAACUGUUGAAAGAAGACUGGGUCUAUAAUCAUUACAAGUGGAUCAUCUGGAAAGCAGCUGCCAUGGAAGUAGCUUAUCCUCUUCAGUUUGGUGGGAGACUAUUGACACCAAAUUGGGUGCUUCUUCAGUUAAAGUAUCGGUAUGAUAGAGAGAUAGAUCACAGUCAACGCCCUGCUCUUAGGAAGAUCUUAGAACGAGACGAUGCAGCAUCCAGGAGAAUAGUCCUCUGUGUAGCAGCUAUUAAUCACACGGGAUCAUCAACACAUCAUCAUGGGAAAUCACCACAACAAUUAAAGAGUUCACAGCCCUUAUCGCAUCCUACUCUAGAGCUGACGGAUGGAUGGCACAGUAUAUCAACUAUCAUAGACCCACCCCUAGCAAACUAUGUAAGGUCUGGAAAGAUCUUAUGUGGUACCAAGCUGUGUAUAUAUGGAGCAGAGUUGAUUGGAUCUCAAGAUGCUUGUUCUCCUCUUGAGAUUCCAGAAAGUCUGAAACUGAAGAUAGCGGCCAAUUCUACCAGACGUGCACGCUUUGAUGCAAGACUUGGUCUCCAAUGUGACCCCCGACCUUUCCCCCUCCCUACGACCUCUCUGCAUCCUGAUGGUGGUAGUGUAGGGUGUAUAGAUGUUCUCAUCCUUAGGACAUACCCCAUGCAGUUCAUGGAGAAACUCCCAGAGGGGGGAAGUGUGUUCCGUAAUGCCAAGGAAGAAGCUAAAGCUGCUACUCUUCAUGCCAGUCAGAAACAAAACAAGAUGGAGCAACUCUUUACACAGGUCCAGAAGCAGUUUGAAGCAAAGCAAUCUCAUAAAGUCAAAGGUAGAAGGUCAUUGCCAUCAUCUAGGAGUAGAAACCCAUCUGAUUUGGAGAGACUGCAAUCAGGGGAAGAACUAUUUGAAGCUUUAGAGGCAGCUAUUGACCCUUCUGCUUUUGAGUCUGAUCUGAGUGAAUACCAACGUUGUAUCCUUCAUGCCUACCAGAGAUCAGUCAAUGAUAUGAAACAAGCUAACCUACAAGCAGCAUUCAAUCAAGCCCUCACUCAACAAAACAAAGAGGGUAAGUUUGAAAGAAAUGUAGUUCCUCUCAUGAAGGUUCGUGUGGCAGACUACAAAGCUUCCACCACCAGGGGGCAGCAGACCACUUUCCUGACCAUAUGGCGACCUGCAGAUGAUCUGUUAUGCCAGCUUGUUGAAGGGAAACGAUUCAGGAUAUCAUCCUUAUCUACCUCAGCAGGAAGGAACAUGCCUGAUAUGGCACCAGUUCAGCUAGCCUCCACCAGAGCCACUCGAUAUGAAGAAAUACCUGCAGCUAGCCACAUCCUACAGAGAAGCUAUAUACCCCGGGCAGCUGCUUCAAUGCAGUGGCUGGGAAGAGGCUAUACACAAGCAGCGUACGGUGAACUAGAUGUUGUAGGAGUAGUUGUGUCACAGGAUGAACCUAGGCAGCAUCUAGGCAGUUCUCACUCUCAUGUAGUUUAUCUAGCUGAUCAGGAUACAGCUAUCAUGGCUAUCAAAUUCUGGACCAGUCCUGCGGCUCUUAACCUUGAUGACAUGUUAAAGCCAGGUUCAUUCAUCUCAGCAAGCAACCUGCAUUAUCGCUCCAUCACUCAAUCACCCGUGGUUCUACCAACAGCUACAGCAUCAGACUACACCGUGUUCACCCCUAACCCCAAGGCCAACUAUCUUCAGGUUUCCAUCAAUCAGCUGAAACAAGCAAUCAAGGAUACACCCAAAUUUGUGGAGAUGAUGCAGAGGAAAGUUCAAGAGUUGAAAGAUGCCUCUUCUAAGCCAGCGUAUCCAAGCUCUAUCCCUAGAAACCAUCCAUACAUGGCAAGGAGAGAAAGGAUCACCACUCCAAUAGCUUCUCAGAGUCAGACCCGCAUUGGUAUAGAGCCAACACCAGAGGUAUCACAUGGUCAGGGGUAUCAGUUGAUGACAGUCCGUUCCUGUCCAAAGAACUUCAUGAAGACCUCUAAAUCAAUCAAAGAUGAGGUUUGCAAUCCAAGGAUGAAGACAUCAGGCAUAUCAAGAGUUCCAUCUACUCUCACACCCAGGACUCUUUGUCAGUCUCUAGUACCAGGGGUUAGUUUGUCUCCAAGGUUGAUAUCACAGCAUUUGGAACAAGAAAGAAGAUCAGAGCUCCUGUCUCGUAUCCCUUCCCCUCCACCCCUCACCCCACUUCCCUACCCAGCGGCAUCGCCUGCCCUGAGAGGAGGUUUCAAGAUACCUUCUCCAUCGGUUAGAGGAUCGCAGAGAAGAGAACCUGAGAAGUCCUUGCGGAAGCGACUUAGAGAUGAAUUGGACGAGGAAAACGAUGGUGCCUGUGAACAGAAGUCCAAUAAGCAGUCAUAUUCCAAAGCUGAUGAUGGCGACCACACUAUGAAAAAACAGAAGGUAAACAACCAAGAUGACAAAUUAAAUCUGGAAACUGUAGCAUCUGAACCUGACAACUCCAACUUUGAGAGUAAGAUGGGGGAGUGUGAAGCAAAAGGUGACGAUGACUUUAAUGAUGACUUGGGUUUGUCUGCAUCAGGUUUGCAGGAGCUGGAGAUGGGUUGGUCCCAAUCAGAGGUCUCGACUGAACCUGCUGUGAGUGAUCAACCCUUGAAGAUGAAUAUAUCUGUAAGUGAAAAGGCUUGUCCGCUCGAAAGUACGAACAGCAUGAAAGAGAACAAAGAUCCCAUUCUUGUAGAUAUUAGCUCAGAAAAUGAUAAUCAUAGUCGGGAACCAGAAAAUAAGCAUCAUGCUUCUGGUAGUGAAUCAGUCAUGGAAGGAUCUAUUCAACCUUGUACAGAUGUGACCAGUAAUAUAACACAAGAUUUUCAUCCAGGUAGGCAACUGAUACAAUAUGAACAAGUUGUUGAACAUACAACUCAGAACAAUGAUUACCCCACCAAUCCAACCAAGAAUGAUUCUCAUAUGACUUUGACUUGUGAAUCCCAAACUACAAGAGCAUGCACAUCAGUAUACUCUCGUUCACAUAGUUUACCUUCACUUUGUGAAAGCAUUGAUGGGAAUGUGAAGGAAGUCAGUGGUUGCAUUACAGAGAAUGCAGCAGAAAAUACAGACAGUUCAGUUAAGUUUUGUGCAAACUCGAACUGUACUGAAAACAUCCAGGAAACCACCCAGGACACCGAUGCAGCUGAUAAUCAUCUUAACUCACAGAGGUCACCAUCUUCCCAUGAAACAAAGGAUGCCACCAAAGAAGAUAAAUCAAAGGAAAGCGAUUUGUUGCACCAAUCCAGAGGUAUGGACUCUUCUUCUCAGAACUCGGCAUCCAUCAAUGAAUCGCAGGAGAGAUCUGAACAGGACAAAUCCUCUAGAUCUCUAAGCCCCAAAGGCAAGAAACGAAGGUGUUUGCGUCUGCAGAGGAAGAAAGCUGUAGUAGAUUCUGGUGCUGUGAUAGAGAUCCUUGAGGAUGAUAAUUCACCUUUGCUAAAGAGGUCUUCAAGGCUCAAGAUGCAGGAGAAGAAAAGCUACAAAUUAUAAACCAGGGAAGGUUUUCACAGAGAGGUUUGUGACUUUAAGACACGUACCGUACAAUUGUUAAUACACAUAUGUCAUUUGAUGCAUUUUCUCAACCCGUUGGAGAUUGACCAUGCAUAUUAUUAUGUGGGCUGGGAGUCUUGAAAACAUGUUAUAACAAAAUCAUUCAUUCUCUAAUUGGUUAAUGAUAACGCAAAAGCGAAUGUCCUAUAAGCAUGAUUUUAUGACCAAUAGGAUGAUGUGUCAUCUACUGCACACAACAAGGAUUUAAGCAAAAUUUUAAGUCAAUCAACUCUUAGUAAAAAAUUACCAUUAUUAGACAUGUUUAUACAAGUACCUGUUACUCUUGAUUUGACAUCAAGAUAAAAAAUGUCAUAUCACCUUAUCACUUUUUGUGCUUUAUAAUGCACAACAAACGUUCAUUAUCAAUAUCUAGCGCAGGGAAGAAUACAGAUUAAUCAAUAGAACUAUGAAGAAAAUGAAAUAAAAUAAUAUAGGGUUUAUAUAUUUUACCCUGGCUAAGCUAGUCUACCAAUUGCGAUGUGUACAGCUUUUUGAAGAAUUACUUCCUGCCGGUACCCAUUUACCCCACCUGGGUUGAGUGCAGCACAAUGUGGGUGAAUUUCUUGCAGAAGGAAAAAAUGCCAUUGUUGGGAAUCAAACCCAUGUACCUCAGAUUUAAAGAUGAUAGUCUUAAUUACUAGACCACAACACUCCCCCCCCCCCCCCUAUGAGUCCCAUGAAAACUGUAUUUGUUUGGUUGGUAAUCAAUUUGAAAGAGAAACUAAAGACUGUGAUUAAUGCACAGUGUUGAGUACACUGGUUGACCCAUCUCUCAGGAUUGAUGCAAAUGAGUGAUGUCGCAAUAAGGGCACAACUUAUGCACAUUAAUGUGCUUUGACUAUGUCAGUUAUCUGAAUUAUGAGAGGUCAACCAAUACAAUGUUGACUUUAAUAAAAAACAAUCUUCUACAGCUAAUGUCUCUAGGAAAGAAACAUUUCAAUCCUAUAGUAUAAUCCAAUGUGAUCUACUGCAUCAAUAAUUUCACAAUUUACAAUAUUAUUUAUUUUUUUACUUAAGUUCCCCUCUAUUUUUAUAUUUCAUAUUAUCAUUUAUUUAAAUAUGCAUCUUUCAGCUGAAAUUACUUACAAUACAAAUUUGUUCAUGUAUUGUACUCUCAAGGUUUGAAUGAAUUUGUAGGAUGUAUAAAGCAAUUGCUUAAAAACUGUUGUAGGUAUUCCACUGUAUGCUGAAUAUGUAUAUAGAAUGAAUGACAAAAUUGACAGUACAAAAUUACAGUUCAUUAUUUUCAUUUAAAAGUACAUUAGGAAACACAAGAACAUUUCAGUCAUGUACAUUUGAUAAAUGAGUUUGAUAUUGUCUUUUUGAAGAUGUAUAAUCUGCUGACUUUUGAAAUGUGUCAAUCAUAAAUACUGUUGUGGCAGUGUGUGUAGUAUAGUCAAAUUAUUAGAUUCAAAGCAAAUAACGGUCCAGAGAAUACCAUGCGGCAGAUACAAUCCAUUAUAUCCUUAUGUAAAUACACAACCUCACGUAUGUCAGGACUUUCUAUUCACAUAAUAAUGUCACGUAGGCACUGUUUGUUUAUUUAGUCCCUCAUUUGUGAGCAUCACAGUGACUUGAGCUGCCCUCAUUGCUUUCACUGAGAUGACACAAUCACUGGAUAAUAAUAAUAAUAAUAGUCAGU